AUGUUCAAGCCAAAGCAAUUGGUCACCAGCAAAAUGCCUGGUUAUAAAGCAUGGCCUUCGUUUAUAACACCAGACGAGUAUAUCCCCGAUGAAGUCCGAAAACAUAAAAAGAAAGGCAGCAAUAUCUGUGUGGUUUUCAUACCUGAUGGAGAUUACUAUUGGAUGAGCAAGGAUAAAAUCAAGGUUCUAAGUCAGGAAGAACUAGAUAAGGAAGUAAAGAAGAUUGAUGCUUCAUUGCGAAAGAAAUGGGGUAAUCUUAAAUUUAUUAAAGAACGAAGAUUUGCUGCAAACAAGAGAGCCACCACUGUUCUGGAGGCGUUUGCUGCGACAUCUGGCUUAGAUUUUGAUAGUUUUAUGGACCUUUUCCGAGACUCCGAGGAUGAAGAUGGAGAUGCAAAUGGAAAUGAAGAAAAAGAUGGAGAGGUGGAGGAAGAGGAACAGGAAGAAGAUCAGGAGGAUAAUAUGGAGGAUGUUGUUCCCGAGCAAGAUUCUGAGCCAAAAGCUCAAUCAAGGAAACUGAAACUGGCCAAGGGCAAAGCAAUGAAAAUCAAGAAACCGUUAAAUGGUAAGGAAAUAGAAGACGAAGGAGAAUAUGGAGAUGUUGAAGAAGGAAACGAUGAUAGUUCUGUUUCGGAGUCGUCGCGAAGGGUGAGGAGAGGUUCAAGACAGCAGCAGUCAAAAGAUGUUGCCAAAAGCAGCAGAAACGAAAUGACACCUCCUCCAUCAUCAAAGAAUGGUAGAAAGCGAAAUUUGGAAGAAAAUACUACGCCAACGAGUCAGAUUGCAAAGAAAGCUAAAGCGGAUAGUAGCAGUGAAGACGACAUUACAAGUGUAGCGGCGGCAGCAGCAGCAGCAGCAUCCGCGGCAUCGCUGACAAACACCAAACAAAAGUUGACCGAGGCAGAGAAAUCUCAACAGUUGUUUACUUGCCGAUAUAAACUUCAGACCAUAUUAAUCCAAAGGCAUCAACCAAAUUCGAAAGAUCAACAACAGCAACAGCAAAAAGCUGGAGAGCAACCGCGGACUCCUACAUCGAAAGAAAAUAAGCCGACAUAUAUACCUGAUUCGCCUUCAGCCGACGAUCUACUGGUUUGCCGUUUGAUUUUGUACCGCUUAUCCGAAUUCACCAUGACCAAAGGUUUGUUGCAAAAAUCAAAAAUCCAUAAAGUAUUGAAAUGCAUUAUAAAAGACCCCAAUUUGGAGUAUCCCAGUAGUUUCAAACUACAUGAGAGAUGUAAGGAGCUUUUAAGCGAGUGGAACCCUUUGAUUGAGCAAAUACACGAGGAGAAACGAAUACAGCAGGCAAAGUUGGGUGCGGGAGAUCAGAAGUUGAAGAGCUCGCAGCUUCUUGCAAUCAAAAAUGGUGAUCAUACCAAUUUGGAAGAAUCAGAAGUUAGUGGAAUCGAGCAAAGUUUACCUGAUAUCGAGCAGAAUGAGCAGAAUGAAGACGAGGAUUUGACUGCAAAGAAUGCGAAAAGCGAAAAAGAAGAGAAUAAGAAACCAAAAGCUGAUGGUGUUAUAGAGGAGGAAUCUGAAAACCAGGACAAGAAAACGGAUGUGGACGGGGAAGAAAAGCCGGAGAAGAACGCAGAUGCGGAACUAGACGGAGAGGCAAAAGACGAAGGAGAGCAGGAGCUGAUGCGACAGCCGUCUCAAGCGGAAAACGGGACCGACGCACACGAAAAGGGCGAGGCUGAACAGGAAACUGAUGUGCUGGUAAACGAAGCCCAUGUGGAUGGCACACAAGACAAGAAAAACGGCACUCAAGACAAAUCCCACCAAGUGAAUGCCCUGAACGCUCUGAACGCGACGGAACUAGAUCAGGAUAAACGAGAAGAAAAAGAUGGCGACGAGAAUGCGCUGCAGCACAAGACGGCUGAAGCAGAAAAAAACAAUCCCUCACCCAUGGCAGCCUCUGCUCCUCGCGAAACCAGGGCGAAAUACGAUGCCGUCCUGACGUGA